UACGAAACUUCAUAUUUAACAAAAAAGGCCAGCAGUAAACGUUCGUAGCAGCAACAAAAAGCAAAAAAUGUCGAAUCCAAAUAAAACUGUUUACAAGAAAAAUGACUUGGUAUUCGCCAAGGUUCGUGGCUACACCCCGUGGCCAGCCUUAAUUGAAAACUGUGUGGAUGGAGCAGACAAGUAUUUGGUCCACUUUUAUGGGACUCAUAAUAAGGGAAAUAUAAAGGGGGCAAAAAAUCUAUUUCCAUACGUCGAGUACAAGGACAAAUUUGCCACAGAAAAGAAUCUACGCCGCGUGUCCUAUGCCCGGGCUUUGAAGGAGAUCGAACGCGAUUCGGCCGGUCCAAGUGAUUUGGAUUCGGGUAAAAGCGAUGAUGGCGAUAAUACAAAUAACAGCCCGGACCACCCAGACAUUAACAUUGACCCUCCACAGGAAUCGAAUAAUGAACCAAAUAUAGUGAACAGCGUUCCGGAGUCCCAGGAUGAAGAUGUGCAACCCGUGCCACCAGAGCAGACAACUCCUGUCGAUUUUGAGCGCGAGUUAGUUGAGAAUUCUAAGAAACAGCAAGAAAACAUCUAAUCACAUCACAUCCAUCCCAUUCAACCCACAACCAUCAUGUUCCAUUUUGAC